CAAGGAAAAAAUUCGGAAAACAAUCCAACACAUAAUUAUACUGCUCAAUACGCUUAACGGGCUGGCCUAUCUACUGCUCGUCUGUCUCCUGCUCCGGCAGCUUCAUCACUUCACCAAAACUCGUCAAUGGAAGUGGUAACUCCAUAAACCCUGCUCAAAAUUUAUUUUUUUUGUUACUUUUAUUUUCCUCUUUAGAACCCUAAAACAUGUUGAGAUUCAGAAGAGGGAUUCAUCUAUUAAACUGCUCUUAUAAGUUUCGUUUGUAUGUUCAUGUUGAUUCUGUUGUUCUAGGAAAAACCCAGGUUGCAAAUUUUAUUAUUUUGAGUCCAAUUGCUGAAAAUCUUAAACCCCUUUUUAGUUAUAGUCCUCAAAUUCCAUAUUUUUACUCUACUACCUUAGAUUGUUCGAAUUUGGGUACAAAUUUAACCAAAAUCACUAGUGCUAGUGAUGAAAUUGGAUGUGACAAUGAUGAAAUUGGAUGUGAGAAUGAUGAAAAUGGUGAGGAAGAUGAUGAAGUUGAAACUGGGCAAGUGGGUUUUAUAGAUGAGAAACUUAACCAUGAUUUAGGGGUCAUUUUGGAGAUCUUGAGGGGAACAGGUUGCAAGAACAACCCAUCUGAGAGCGAUAAUGCGGCCGAUAAGCCGAGUGUGAUUAAUGGUGCUGAAGUGACUAACAAGCUCAACCAAUGUGGGAUUUUUCUUACUUCAGAGCUUGUGGUGGAGGUCCUUUCUAAAACUAGGAAUGAUUGGGAGGUAGCAUUCAUGUUUUUUCUGUGGGCCGGUAAGCAGCCGGAGUAUAAACGUUCCGUGAGAGAAUACCAUUCAAUGAUAUCGAUUUUGGCUAAGAGGAGGAAAUUUGAUACUGCCUGGUCUUUGAUUGAUGAGAUGAGAAAAGAUGGUAUUAUGAACCCUAAGACUCUCUUGAUUAUGAUUAGAAGGUAUUCUGCAACUCGUGAUGUCGUGAAUGCUAUUAAUACGUUCCAUACUUUGAAAAGGUUUAACUUUUGUGUCGGGGUGGAGGAAUUUCAGAAGCUUCUUUCUGCUCUUACUCGAUAUAAGAAUGUACAGGAAGCUGAGCACUUACUCUUCAGUAACAAAAACAUAUAUCAAUUCAAUACCAAGAGCUUUAACAUCAUCCUGAAUGGUUGGUGUAAUAUCGUAGGUAGUCCACGUGAAGCUAAUAGAUUCUGGAGGUUGAUGAUUGAUCUAGGAGUGGAACGCGAUGUCAUUUCUUUUUCAAGUAUUAUAUCAUGCUACUCAAAGUUGAGCAGGCUGAAGGAGGUGCUCAAAUUGUUUGAUCAGAUGAAGGAAAUGCGGAUUGAGCCUGAUAGGAAAGCUUAUAAUGCUAUUUUGCACGCUCUUGCAAAGGAAGGUCGUGCAAAGGAGGCUUUGAAUAUUCUUCAAACCAUGGAAGAUGAGGGCAUUGCUCCAAAUGCUGUCACUUAUAAUUCAUUGAUAAAGCCAUUAUGUGAGGCCCGGAGAAGGGAUGAAGCGCAGAAAGUGUUUGAUGCGAUGCUCAGCCGUGGAUUACAGCCCACUAUUAGAACUUUCCAUGCGUUCUUGCGUAUUCAAAGGACAGGAGAAGAGAUCUUCAUGCUGUUAGAUAAAAUGAAGGAGUUGGGUUGUCAACCAAAUAAAGACACUUAUCUAUUACUAAUUAGGAAAUUUUGCAGAUGGCGUCAGCUAGACAAAGUGUUUUAUCUGUGGGAUCAGAUGAAACAGAAUGGGUUGAAUGAUGAUACAAGCUCAUAUAUAGCUUUGAUCCAUGGAUUGUUUUUGAAUGGCGAGCUGGAAGAAGCACACAAGAUUUAUAUAGAGAUGAAGGGGAAAAAGUUGCUUGCAGAUGUAAAAACAGAUGAAUUGAUCCAGACCUGGUUGUCUAAUAAGCAAAUGGCAAGUUCACCUGUGACGGGUUCAGAACCAAGCUUGGUUGAUAGUGUUCAUGUUUAUAGCAAAACCAAACCCCCUAGUAAACAGCUUGAUCGAGCAAGGGAUGCUACAAAGCAACCCGAAUACAGAAAAGUUGUAAAAGAUCGGGGUUUCUCUUUUUGGGAGUGACCAGCUUUUAUGCCUUAGAUGGCUAAUACUCGCCAGCAGCAUAUAAAAAUCGUUAUGCUACUCAGCGAGCUUGAUUGUGGUGCCCCAUGCAGGACUGUAGUCACUUGGACGCCUUUUGGAGCUUCAUAGGUUUCCUUGUUGGAGUUGAUUUUGACAGAAGAGGCAGUACUAACAUGUUUAGAAUUAAGCAAGGAAGGUUACCACUUGUCAUUUCUGGAAUGACAUGUUAUCACUUAUCAUAGCCAGGGGAUUCAGUCCUUGAAAUUCAAAUUCAAUUGACUCAAGUUCUUAUUCAUUCACAAGUGAUUUCGCAUGGAAAUAAUGCUGGGAAGCUUCAAGGCGCUAGAAUAUGUGCCUGUAAUGGUUUGAUGGUGCAAAUAAAGAAGGUAAUGGAGCUUCUGUUUUUCCUACUGUUGUGCGGGAGACUGCGACUUUUUUUGAUAGGAAGGAAAAGGAUGAAGAUUAAAGGUGUAGAGAAGGAGUUUAUAUUGCCAAUCUAAACAAGUAAGAAGAUGGUGGGCUUAUCAAGAUGACAAGAAAACAGACACACAAGAAGAACAGUAAGGUCAAUGACAUGAAGGAUGACAAACAACCUGGAAGAUUAUCUAUGGACAAACUGGAGUAACAAAGAGAACUAGAGAAUUGAAAACAAGAGAGACACAAAGAAGAUUAUCUAUGGACAAACUCGACGUGUUCGUUAGCCAGAAUUUAUAUGCAUAUGAAUAGCAUGUUUUUUUGUUUAGUUGCUUUGUGAAUGGAAGGUGUGACUGGGUGAUAUAUUGAAUCUCAAGUUGAACUUAUUACAUUGGCUCGUAUCUAUAUCAUGAAGCAUCUCUCUGUUCACCCAAAA